AGAAGUAUGACCUUUGUAUGUAAUAUCCAUUAACUUUUCGAAGCUGUACGUCAUGUAUUGAAUUGCAGUGUAAGAAACGGUUGUGUGUUUUUGGCUUUAUCCAUCUAACGCGGUUGACCAACAUUUGAAAAAUAGAUCCAAAGAUUCACAGUGUUCCUCGAUAAGCAUCAAGAACCGCCACUAUAUUCCUAUCCAACAGAAAGAUAUAUGCCAGUAAACGUGAAACCAUGGCAAGGUAUUGCGGUAAGUCUUGCUUCCUACGUUCUGAAACCUCAAAUAAUGCUAACUGAAUCUAAAAGAUACCGUCGGUGUUGAUUUCAAUUAUAGGGUACACAAGCCACUACUUCAUAUUUUCUGAGGACCUCUCAAAGAACCAACAGAUAUGGUAUCAAUUCUGUCUCACCAUGAUCUGGGUAUCAUAUAUCAUCGCCAUCUAUAAAGAGCCAGGGUCACCUCCCAAAAACUUUGAGCCAGCGCCAGGUGAAUGGAAGAGAUGGUGUAAGAAGUGUCAAUUGUACAAGCCUGAAAGAGCGCAUCAUUGCAAGACUUGCAAGAAAUGUGUAUUGAAAAUGGAUCACCAUUGUCCUUGGACGGCUAAUUGCGUUGGACAUGAUAAUAUGCCACAUUUUUUAAGAUUUCUACUUUGGGUAGAUUAUACAACUGCAUAUACAUUAUACUACUUAUUUAAAAGACUAUUAUCAUAUUGGAAUGACAGGAAUUUACCUGCGUACCUCAUAUCAAAAGUCCAUUUAACUGCUACCAUCGUGCUGAUCCCAUUAGAUUUUUUUGUGCUCUUAACAGUUGGUAUCUUGACAUUCAGAUGCUUUUAUCAUAUCAUUGUUACUGGAAUGUCUCAAAUUGAAUCAUGGGAGUACGAGAGGCUAGAAUCUCAGUUGUCAAGUGAAAGGCUGAGGAACAAGAUUAAACAUAACUAUGAACUUUUAUUUGGAAAAGAGUUGAAAGAUGUUACAUCAUGGUCAUCGGGAGCAAACGUACUUAGGGAGCCACCAGAAACGAAUAUACCUUUCUUCACUGUUGAUGAUCUAGUAUUCCCAUAUGACCUAAACCCUUGGUCAAAUCUUUUGCAGGCUUUCGGAUAUCCUUGGAAUUGGAUUUUGCCAUGGGGAAAGCCAUUGGGUGACGGGUUAAGCUACCCAAAGAAUGAGUACGCCAAUCCAGAAGACCAAGAUUUAAGCUCUUUACCAUGGCCCCCUGAUGGAGGCCAUCAGGAUCGAAUCAAUGGGGAACAUUUAUUCAAUGAUACAAUCCAAGAUAAUGAACAAGUGGUGCAAAGAAGAAUGGUUCAUGAUCCAAGAAACAAUAUGAAUAGAACUGAAUGGUAUAAUGACUUUGGUGAAAAGCUUUCAGAUUUUGGAGUUGAUGUUGAAGCUGAAACUUUUGACACACCAAGUGCAGCAGUCGGUUCAUCUUCUGAAGCUCGUGAAUAG